AUGAAUUUGCGGACGACAUUGUAAUUAUUAUUACUCAUAGAAAUAUCCAGUCCUUUUUAUAAAAGUUGGUUUUAAUUUCUAAAGAAUAUGAAAUUAGAUUAAACUAGAAAAAAUGUGGAUAAGCGCUGUUAAUAUAACAAUAAAUAAGGAUUUCCUUAUGUGAAAUCUUAUAAAUACUUCGGAAUAAAUAUAUUGAACAAUGGAAAAAUAAGUCUAUAGCUUGAUAAAGUAGAAUAAACUCUAAAAUUUUUAAGUGGAAAGUUGCUAUGGGUUUCUUAAAAACUAAACUGGAAGCAAAAAUAUUAAUUAUUCUAAACUUUUCUCCUUCCACACAUACUCUAUAUUUGUCCUUCAAUCCCAACCUAGAAAUACAAAAACAUAUUUCAACGCUUAUAAAAAUUAUAUAAAUCUAGCUUUAAAAAGGUUUGUGGAUUUCCUAAUUGCUUACCUAACGAAUUUUUAGAUCUGAUAUUACCCCCUCUAGAACUUCUUAUAGCAAAGCAUACAACUAAGGUUACCAGUAGGAUGAACAACGGAAACUUUGGUUAAAUUAUUUUUAUCAAUAAUUACUUUAACGAGAUAGAAGAAAUGAAUUAAAAUUCAAUUUACAAAUUUCUCCCCAAUAAUUUUAAUUAGCUGUUCUACCUAUACCCUAAAAUCUGUAGGACCCANCUUACCUAACUUAGUAUCAUAUCAAAUGGUCAAAAAUUUCGCCCUUUAAAACUUCCUUCUUUACCCCCCUUAAAUACGCUUGAUAUAACCGAGCUACAAAGAAGGAUGUCACGAAAUAAAGCAAUUAGCUUUGAUGGCGUAUCUGACAAUUUUAUUAGGAAUUGUAAAAAUGUCCAUAUUUUUUGUGAUAUAUGGAAAUAAUCUACAAUUGAAACCAACUACGCAUGCUGUAGAGCAAGACUAGUACCCUUAAACAAGGUUUUCCCCGAUAUCCCUACUAAAACUUAGUUUCGACCUAUUACAAUUCUAAGUCCCCUAUUUAAGCUGCUUGAAUUAAGAUUUCUGCCAAGACUAUAACAAUAUUUGUCCACUCGCUUAUCUAAAGGUCAAGCAGGAUUCAUUCCUGGUUCAUCUACUCAAAUAAAUAUCAUCAGACUCUUAAAUACUUUAACUGGUUACAAGAAAUAGGAUAAAAUGGAUUGCAUCUUUAUUGAUUUUAGCAAUGCCUUCAAUAGCAUAAAUAGAUAAAGACUAUUUAAUAUUUUAUCUGCUAAAUCAAUUUUGGAUGGCAUCGAAAUAAAAUUCCUUAAUCACCUCUAUACAAAUCUCCAUUAUAUUUGCCCAUAAAUGAAUACCACAUUUUACUUCUAAAACGGUGUUCCUCAAGGAUCUCCACUGUCUCCCGCACUUUUUAAUAUAUAUCUUGAAGAUUUUUUAGCUUCAUUAAAACAAAACUGUAAUUUUAAUUAUACUUCCUAUGAAUUUGCGGACGACAUUGUAAUUAUUAUUGCUCAUAGAAAUAUCCAAUCCUUUUUAUAAAAGUUGGUUUUAAUUUCUGAAGAAUAUGAACUUAGAUUAAACUAGAAAAAAUGUGGAAUCUUUUUCAUCCAAAAUCAUAAGCGCUGUUAAUAUAACAAUAUAUAAGGAUUUCCUAUUGUGAAAUCUUAUAAAUACCUCGGAAUAAAUAUAUUGAACAAUGGAAAAAUAAGUCUAUAGCUUGAUAAAGUAGAAUAAACUCUAAAAUUUUUAAGUGGAAAGUUGCUAUGGGUUUCUUAAAAACUUAAUUGGAAGCAGAAAUAUUAAUUAUUCUAAACUUUUCUCCUUCCACACAUACUCUAUAUUUGUCCUUCAAUCCCAACCUAGAAAUACAAAAACAUAUUUCAACGCUUAUAAAAAUUAUAUAAAUCUAGCUUUAAAAAGGUUUGUGGAUUUCCUAAAUGCUUACCUAACGAAUUUUUAGAUUUGAUAUUACCCCCUCUAGAACUUCUUAUAGCAAAGCAUACAAAUAAGGUUAUCAGUAGGAUGAACAACGGAAACUUUGGUUAAACUACUUUUAUCAAUAAUUACUUUAACGAGAUAGAAGAAAUGAAUUAAAAUUCAAUAUACAAAUUUCUCCCCAAUAAUUUUAAUUAGCUGUUCUACCUGUACCCUAAAAUCUGUAGGACCCACUAAUGUAAUCUUUCAUACCGCCAUAUAAUAAAUUUCCAUUCCAAUUUCCAUAUUUCAGAGUUUUUAAUAAAUCUAAGAGGCAUCUUCAAUAAUAAUUAGUAAAUACAAUAACCAAAAAACUAAUGUAAUAGAUUGGAAAAAAUAAUUGCAAAGCUUUUAACUGAAUGA